CCCACGGAGCGGGCCUUAGUAUCGCACCACCACCUCGAGCAGCCUGCUCGGGGCGAUCCUGACUAUUCAACAGCCACAACAGAUGCCGAACCAAAACAUGCAGUUUAAAUUAUUCAUAGUGAUGUUAGUGCUCCACUGUACUACGGGAGAAUAUUUUAAAACGAAACCUAAUUUCGUGAAGACAUGCUUGAAAAGCGAUCCAGAGUUCGACGCCUGUUCACGGCAAGCCGUUCAACAGUUAUUCAAUGCACUAGGUCCAGGUCUGCCAGAAAUUGGAAUGGAGCCUUUAGAUCCUCUAAAAAUACCAAAAAUAAGAAUCCUACAAGGUGACGGCCCUGUUAACGUGAAUGCUGCACUUGAUGACGUCACUGUUACAGGGUUUGGAAAGACAGAAGUACUGUCGAGCCAAGUCGACAGCAAAACCUACGAUUUUCACACAAAAGUACGAGUUCCAAAAAUCAGAAUAGAAGGAACGUACGAUUUGAAAGGAAAAAUAUUGUUGAUUCCAUUGGUGGGCCGCGGCAUAUGUUGGUUUGAGCCAACAAACAUGACGAUUGAUAUCAUCAGUGAUACAAAAUUGUACAAUAAAGACGAUUUCGUAUUUUUCAACGUCACCGGAGCACAUGUAAAAUAUAACAUCGGAGGAUUGAAACUACGUAUGAAUAACUUAUUUGACGGCAUUGAGUCGUUGGAGGAGAGUACCAACGCCUAUUUGAAUGCAAAUUGGCGACCAGUAUCCGAAUCUUUGCGACCAAUAUUAUCAAAAACCAUAGAGGAUAUUUUACUUGGUUUUAUGCAAAGACUAUUCCACAAUUUACCGGGUGAUUUCAUGAUUGGAGAUGUAAAAACAUGGCAAAGUAAAAAAAAUGAGAAAAAAGUUUAG